GAGUGAGUGACUUAUUUUUAUUAUUUUGCUUUCGAUUCUUUCUCAAUGGCGAGCAUCCAAAUUGGCUUCCAAUCUUGCCUCUCCCGCCCAACCCCCGCCUCCAUGGGCGCGCUACGCUCCGCCCUCCGAUACGCCGCCGUCCACCGUCGAGCCCUCUGCGGCUCCGCCUUGGCUAUCACCGGCGGCGACCAGUUAUUUCCCAGCGGGAGGCGGAGCACCGUGCUCGCUCACUCCACUAGGGUUAGGAUCGGGCCAACCGACGCCGCGCUGCUCAAGGAGGAGUGGCUGGAUUCCCUCUCAUUCCCGUUCUCGGAGAGGGUCCGGCAGGUCGUCCCUGCCGCCGAGGAGGAGGCUGAGAGCGGCGAUUGCGUCGCGGGGUGGACCGUUGGGAUCGACCCUGAUGGUUCGGGGGCUGUGGCUUUGCUGAAACCCGAUGCUUCUGGUUAUUCUGCUCAGCAGGUGUUUGAUACUCCAAACAUGGAAGUAUUGGUCGGAAAAAGAGUUCGAAAGCGCUUGGAUGCAAGAUCCAUGAUUCAGUUGCUGCAAACAUUUGGCGCACCACUUGGUACUAAAGCAUUUAUUGAGCAGUCUAUGCCUUACCCGCAAGAUGGAAAACAGGGGUGGUGGAGUGGAGGGUUCACAUAUGGAUUAUGGAUAGGGAUUCUAGUCGCAUCAGGGUUUUCAGUUGUGCCUGUGGUAUCUCGCAUUUGGAAGGAGCAUUUUGGUAUCCAGCGGAGUUCCUCAACCAAGGAGGAUAGCAGGAGAGUUGCUUCUUCUUUAUUCCCCUCUUUGCACUCUUCUCUAACAAGGAAAAAGGAUCAUGGAAGAGCUGAGGCUCUCCUAAUCGCUGCAUACGGCAAGGGUUUGAAACUAGAGUAACAAGCAAGCAAUGCCAUAAAUGUGCUAUUAAAAUGAAACUUGGAAGGCUCAUCGCAAGAUUGGAAGAGCAAGAUCCAUAUUUUUUUUCCUUGCAGCUUCGUUUCUCUUGUUGAAGUGUCAAUUUACGGUAAGCCAAGAAUGAGAACAUCCAGAUUGAUGAUUCUGCAUUCAGAUUUUCAUUUGUUCAACCACAUUUAAUGUUGUAAGCUUCUAUAUUUAUUCUGUCAACAACUAGCCAACUAUUCAAUUGUUAUUAUGCUCCCUUUUUUUU